AGAGUUUAGAUAGUCGCUUCUCAUUAUUUAGUGACUCAUAUACAGUAAAGAGUGCAAAAAAAAAAAAAAAACAACGAUAUUCGCAGCAAAAUGAAAGUCACACUUUCCAUCGCAAUUGUCCUGGCCCUGACGGCUGUGUUACACGCCCAAGCCGAUGAUGAGGUCGAAUGCCCGCUCAGAACACCGGAACCAGGAGACGAGGCCGUUCUUAUUCCCCAUCCUACCGACUGUAAACUCUACUACGUUUGUGACAACGGCAUUCCGAUUCUGAUGAAGUGCCCCAAAGAUCUGCACUUUAACCCCGAAGAGAAAGUUUGCGAUUUCUGGUGGCGCGCUGGGUGCGAGGACGAAACCAACAGUUGAUCACAUUCCCCCCCUCCCCCCCGAUCGCACCGCAAGCGCACAUGUAAACAUCGUGCAAUCACUAUUUUACCGCUUCGGUGCGGUGAUCUACUACUAUUUAAUUUGUUGCGAAAACUACGUACGUAUAUAUAUAUACAUGUUUGUACGCAACAGUGCUCGGAGCGAGCGCUGUUUUUUUAAGUAAAUAAAUUUCCGUUCGUCAUCCGAA